AUGACUCCAACACCGAAGACCACCACCACCACCGAUUCGUCGGGCAGCUCUCCGGCGGACGGGGAAGGUGGCAUGACGAAGCGAAGGAUGAAAAAAAAGGUGGACUUCCGCGAGGACAACAAUGGUGUCACGGAAGCGUUCAAAGAAAUCAUCACUUGCUUGGACUUACCGAACUCCCCGGCGCCCUCGCUUCUCACCAGUCCGGUGACGGACGAAGACUUUGAGCUGCAGAUCGACCGCAGCAUGCAGGAUCUGGAAAUGAUCCGUUCCGAUUCCGAUUCUGACUUCGGUGACGACCAUGGGCUUCCGCCGCAGCGUGCCCCAGUGGAGAGCGCGGAACGAUCGACUGGUGGCCGGUUCGCCGGAUCGACGCGUCACAAGAAACACCCGAUUGCCGGCCAUCCGUCCACCUCGUCCUGGAGCGACGGUGGCAGCAGCAAUGUGAGUGACGUCGAGGAGGACGACGAACCGGUGCCCAGUGGCAGCCGUGAUGGACCACCAACGCCACCGUCACCUCCGGAAGUCUCAUUUUGGACUCCAGCCGAUCUGAUGAGAUCAGCCGGCACUCCGUUUCGGAUGACGGCGUCCGCAACGACCCCGCUGAGUCCUGGGCGUCGUUCGGAGAAUUUGCUGUACGGUUCGGUCUCCCUGCCCAAGGUACUGCCAUAUUACGUUCGCCGGCGCUUGUCCGAGUGCCGCGAGGAGGACGAAGAAGAUGAGAAGCAGCUACCGCCCGCUGUGCCACCGCCGUCACUCGUGGUGCCCGCGAUUGUGGUUGCCACCACGAAUGGCCGAACGGCGACAGUACUUCAGCCUCAGAGGAGUGUCGAAGCGGCGACAAACGGAAACUGGGUCACCCAGACGAGGGACGAAGAUGUGGUGCCCCGCAAAUCACGCUUCAUGGUCACGAAAGCACAACCGGAGCCCCCGCAGCAGCUCCGACUGCGACCGGAAACCGCCAAGCUGUUGCCAGUGCCGGCGUCCCAAAACUCACAAACGAUCCACUUUCCGUGCAGUAGCAGCAGUAGCGGCAACAGUCAGACCUCGCUGCGAGCCAUCUUCACGCCGGCUUCGCCACUGGCCACGCCACAUCUCGAUCGGCGCUUCUUCGACACGUCGCUGGUGGAGAUCCGCCCUCUGUCCGGUAGCCGUGAUUCGCUGAUGGGCACUACUGACCAGCAGCACCCGGCCGGUGGAGGUCCGCCAGAACCAACGACACAGCCAUCACCACCUAGACCAUCAACAGCCAGCAACAUUCCGUUCGAGCUCGACGAAGUGUGGGUCAAGCGACCGGAUCCGGUGCCUCCAAAGCCAAGGGUGGAUAUCGGCGGCGGCAGCGGCAAGGCGGCCACCUUGCCAGCCAACGCAAAGCCCAAUUACUCCACCAAAAGCGUAAGUCGAUCACACGGCGAUGCAGUCGAUGGAUGUACCGGCAGCAACUUCCAGCGCCCUUCGACGGCCCCGGCUGACCCGUCGGCGACUCGGGCUUCCAAGAAGCAGAAGAAGAGCGAGAAGGAAGCCAAAAAGCAGGAAAAGGAGGUGAUGAAGCUGAAGCGUGAGGAGGCACGGCGCGCGGAACGGGAAGCGGCCAAGCUGGAGAAGCUGGAGAGGCUUAACCGGAAGCACGAGAGCAUCUCCCGCAGCUCGGAGCGGGUCGGGUCCAGUGUCCGAUCCGGGUCGCUCGAGAGGCGCCGCAGCGGCGAAGAAGCGCCCGUACUCAACCAAACCACCGUGCACGGCAUUGCCAGUCCCAAUCGGCGGCCGACGAUCUUCGACGUGUUUCGACAACGGAAGGGUUCCGAUUCGAAGAAGAAAAAGUCGGACGACGGUAGCCGGUCGGGCUCGGAUAAGGAUUCGACCGGGAUGGGUGGGAGUGGCCCCAUCAGCACCGCGUCCGGUGGUGGCAUUAUGAACAGUAUGAUGGCAGCACUGCACGUCGGGGGACGCCACAAUCACCCGCAGCAGCAGCAACAGCCGCAGCCUGCCGCAGGGGCAGCGGCUGCUUCCGGUGCCGGCACCAAAGUUCGUGAUGGUUCCGCGCAUCCGCACGCGGGCAGUGAUGCACAGUACUACCACACGGUGACGGCUGUGCGCCGGGCCGACGCCGGCAAGUCUCCGAUGACGAAGGUGAUGGAUCUGUUCCGGCACCGCUCCAACUCGGCCGUGUCCGAAGCCGACAAGCGUAAGGCGAAAGCCGCCGCCCAGCACCAGCAACAGUUGGCAGCGCAAACGGCUCACAUGCGAAGAGCUUCCGCGGAGCUUGCAGAACGUCGCCGAGCAUCGCUUGGAGCAACGCGCGGAUUGCGAGCGGAUGGAACCCUCGAUCCGUACCACGCCGCCAUCCUGUUUCGUGAUUCGAGAGGGCUGCCCGUUGCCGAUCCAUUCCUGGAGAAGGUGCCCCUGUCCGAUCUAGAAGAGGAUGAGUCACAGAUUUUCGUCAAGUUCUUCCGAUUUCAUAAGUGCUAUGAUCUGGUGCCGACCUCGGCCAAGCUGGUCGUCUUCGAUACGCAGCUGCUGGUGAAGAAAGCGUUCUACGCGCUGGUCUACAAUGGGGUCCGGGCGGCACCGCUCUGGGACUCGAAGCGGCAGGAGUUUGUUGGCAUGCUGACGAUCACCGACUUCAUUAAGAUUCUGAAAAUGUAUUACAAAUCACCGAACGCGUCGAUGGACCAGCUGGAGGAGCACAAACUGGACACCUGGAGAAAGGUGCUUCAGGAGGACGUGAAGAAACUCGUCAGCAUUGGGCCGGACGCUUCGCUUUACGAUGCCAUCAAGAUGCUGGUCCACAAUCGCAUCCAUCGAUUGCCCGUGAUUGAUCCGGCCACUGGCAACGUGUUGUACAUAUUGACUCACAAGAGGAUACUUAGAUUCCUAUUUUUAUACAUUAAUGAACUACCAAAGCCAUCGUACAUGCAGAAGACCCUCCGAGAGGUGCGCAUUGGCAGUUACGACAAAAUCGAAACGGCAACCGAAGACAUGAGCAUCAUAACGGCACUGUACAAGUUCGUCGAUCGUCGAGUGUCUGCCCUGCCGAUGGUGGACAGCGAGGGACGCUUGACAGAUAUUUACGCCAAGUUUGAUGUGAUCAAUUUGGCCGCUGAGAAAACGUACAACGAUCUGGACGUAUCGCUGAAGAAGGCAAACGAACAUCGAAACGCGUGGUUCGAAGGCGUACAGCGGUGCAAGCUGGACGAGACGCUCUUCACCAUCAUGGAGCGCAUCGUGCGGGCCGAAGUCCACCGGCUUGUCGUCGUGGACGAGGAGGAGAAGGUGAUCGGUAUCAUUUCACUGUCGGACAUUCUGCUCUACCUGGUGUUACGCCCGAGCGGGGACGGUAUUGGCGACUCGGAGUCACUCCGCGCGACCGACCCGAAGCUGAUGAAGGCAAGCUCGCCGCCCACCAACAACAGUGCUGGUAAACAGCUCCUGCUAGCGGGCGCCAAACGCGACAGCAACGAAAGCAUCGAAGAGGAGAAGGAAACCACCGAAGAGGAGGACGAGGAGCGACGGUUGGCGACGGCGGUGGGAUCGAUGGCGGUGAAUGACGAGGACGACGAAGCACACAAGACUGAAGCGGUGACCGAUGAUACACCAACGGCGCUGGAUGAUGCGGAAGCACUAGCAGAAGCAACCGAUGAUACCAGCGCCCCAGAGACGGCAGCGGCCGAAGAGGAGAUGGCCGAAGAAGCGAAAGAAUAUCCGGAGGGCGGCGGAGAUACUUCUCCGGUCGAUCGCGCCAGUGCCAAUGAUUCGCCCGUUGCCCCCGAGAUGCUGGCCACCACCGAUGUCCCGCUGGCCACCGUCCAGCGUGAGGUGGGACUGGUAAGCGAGUAGAGCUGUGCAACAACGCAAACGUUCCAUUCGGUGGUGGCGAUUCGGGCUUCACUCCGUCUGCUGUGCUGAGCGCUUACUACCGAUGAUAUGUAUGUAUGUAUGUGUAUGUGGGGGGUCAGUGUGAUAAACAAAAGCACCACGAUGCCGAACACGUGGUCAGAAUGGACAAUUUGCCGCAAAGAAGAAGCUGAUGAGAAAGACGGCGUGGGUCGGCGAGCCGAUAGAGUUUCACUACGGGCAUGCGCAAAUUAUGCCUACGCCUGCGACGAGCAGCAAAAUGUCUAGAGCGAUAACAAACCUUAGUGUAAGUACAAAACCAAUAGUGAAAAAGUAAGCGCUUCGACAAAGCAUCAUAAAACAAAGUAGUGUGGCGGCGAAGCAGGAUAAUAGUAGAAUCCGCCGAGCCAUUGCGCUUGAUAGCGACAGAGAGGGUAUUGCAAAAUAUAUCAACCUGUUUGCUCUCCGCACAGCGAAUGAUCCAUUUGCUUAAUACAAACACACUCCGAUCGCCAGUUCUGCUAUUCCGCAUACCACACAAUAUACGCUAAAUAUGGUAGGAAGCAUCGAGAGAGAUACCAAAAACGAACAGACCACAGUGAAAACAAUGGCAAAGCACACAAGGACGGGUUGUAGAGACCGCCCGUGCGAUUUAUCUCACACAAAAUUUACUUUCCUUUCCAAAGGCGCACACACGCAAUAGGCACACGAAUACAAUUUAAAUGUUUUAAUCUUCUUUUAAUAAACUGUCGGAAUAGAAAUUUUGUUCGAAAAUGUUCCGUUCCUCACUAUCUGUCGUUCAGGCACAACAAACUUUCCGUACAUUUUGAUUUAGGCGUAGUGUGACACUAACAAGAUAACAACAAUUGGUUCGGAAUACUAUCAGAAGGAUUUCAACCCUCUCCUACACAGAGCGCCACUUAAAGGAGGAAGGAUUGUAGCUCGUGUGUACCAUGAGCGCGCAGGUUUUUGUUGAAACUCUGCAGCGGAUUGUGAAAAAUUCGAUAGGUAACGCUGACGAGGGAAAAGUGAAAACCAAACUUAUUUGAUAAUUAUUUAAAAUAUUAGCGUAGCGUAGAGAGACACGUGCAUGAUGCUGUGAACGCUGUGCACAGUUGUGUUGGAGCGAAACAAACCCAGAAACAUAACUUGUGAAUAGAUAGGACGACACUAGGAAACGAAUACGACAACAGUAAGGGAGUAAACGAUCGCGCUCCGCGGCUGGAUUUGGCAGCCCAGACAGACAGGAUACGAUUAUUGUUUUGUGUUUGGUAACUAUUCCUCAGUCCUCACAAUGAUGCUUCCCUUUUGAAGGUGACCCUUUGUCGCACGACCACAUUGGAAAAAAAGCGUACAUAUUACUCAUUCUGUUCCAUCCAUUCGGUUUCGUAGCGUGAAAUGAAACAAUCGGGGGGACACGGUGAAACAACCGUAUGAUGCGCAAGCACGACGGACAAUUGUCGAGAGGAACAUUGAAUGUUUGGUAUGAAGGUAAAACCAAAAACAAAUGGGUGGACUCGUUGGCUGGAACGGUGAUUAUAAAAGAGUAAGCGAUAAGGACACACAGACACACAGGAUAAAUUCCCAAGUUCUUGUGCUACUGAUAAAGUGAGGAGAAAGAGAAAAUGAUCUGCUUGGUUGCUGUUGUGUGUACCUCAAAACAAAAUGCUUUUCCAUUUGUGUGUGGGAUAGUAGAGAGCACAUUGGAUCGAUCGGAUCGAAAGGACAGUGAGAAAGAGAAAGAGAGAGAGAGAAGAUUGUUGGUGUCAAUACCACACUAUAGUUCACAGUACCGAUUGCCGGUCACUGUGGAAGCCUAACCAUGAGACAGAGAGAUAGAGAGCGAGUGAUUGGGUUGUUGAAAAUUGUGCAUAAAACAAAACCUCUAGUUAUGUUGUUCCCCUGAAACAGAAAAAGAACUAAUAAAAAUAAAAAAGUUAAACGCGUCAAACCUCUAACACCG